AUGGUUUCCAGGCAGUGCGUGGCUUUGUUUCUCUGCUUUCUGCUACUGAUUCCUCUUUCUCUGGAUGCAGUCUUUCUAAAGAAGGAAGAGGCAAAUAGCGUUUUUCAAAGGCAAAGACGAGCCAACAGCUUCUUUGAAGAGAUAAAACUGGGGUCAGUAGAGCGAGAAUGCAUGGAAGAAAAAUGUUCUUUUGAGGAAGCAAGAGAGAUUUACCGCGAUGAUGAAAGGACAAAAGAGUUCUGGCACAUCUAUUCCGACCCUAACCAGUGUGACUCCAACCCCUGUCAGAACGGUGGGAGUUGUGAUGACCAGUUUCAGGAUUACGUUUGCCGCUGUCCUGUUGAAUAUGAGGGCAAAAGCUGCGAAAAAGCCAAAGCUGACAAACUGAAGUGCAUUUAUGAAAACGGUGGCUGUGAACAGUUCUGUACUGACGAGCGGUCUGAGAAACGAGUGUGCUUCUGUGCUGACGACUACACCAUAGCAAGUGAUGGUGUGUCCUGCAUUCCCCAAGUGAAAUACCCAUGCGGAAAAAUACCAGUGCUGGCAAACAAAAGCACAACUGCCCGAGGAAGAAUAGUAGGUGGUUCAAUCUGUCCUCCAGGUGAAUGUCCAUGGCAAGCCCUGCUAAUACAGAAUCAGAAAGAGAAGUGUGGUGGUACCCUGCUUUCCCCAGAAUGGGUGGUCACUGCUGCUCACUGUUUGGAGUACACUCAUCCUAAACAGCUUCGAGUGAGACUGGGUGAAUACUCAACAAAUACUGAUGAGAAAACUGAGCAAGAAAGUGGAGUUGCCAGGAUAAUCAUGCAUGAAGAAUACACGAAUGGACAAGUUAAUAAUGAUAUUGCCCUCCUGCAGCUAGAAACACCUGUGAAUCUCACUGACUAUGUGGUGCCAAUAUGUUUGCCUGAAAAACGGUUUGCAGUGCAUGAACUGCCCACCAUGAAGUUCUCCACUGUGAGUGGAUGGGGACGCCUAAUAGAUAAAGGUGCCACUUCAUCUGUUUUGAUGAGAGUUGAUUUGCCACGUGUAAAGACACAAGAAUGUGAAAAGGAGACAGAUUUAAAUAUUACAGAGAAUAUGUUCUGUGCAGGAGACCUGACUGGUGCUAAGGACUCCUGCAAGGGAGACAGUGGCGGACCUCAUGCUACAAAGUACAGGAACACUUGGUUUCUGACUGGGAUUGUUAGCUGGGGAAAGGGCUGUGCUGUUGAAGGCAGCUAUGGGGUUUACACAAGGGUAUCCAGAUACAUCGAAUGGUUAAAGAAGCACAUGGAUUAA